GAAAUUUGAAGUUGUUAUACUUAUUAUUUAUUAAGUUACUUCUUAAAAUUUUUAAUUUUUCUUUCUAGAAAUAUGUAAAUUUGUACGACUUCUACUGUGUGUAUAUGGAACCGAGUUGUAAAUUUUGCUAGAACUUUGAAGAACUAUCGCAAAGAUGAAUAGUUUUUCAUAUUGAAUUUAUUUUUUAAAUAUUAGAUGUCUAUAGUUUAUUUGGUUUUCAGUAACUAUUUUAAUUUUCAUAUUUCGGAAUAUUUACAUUUUGAUUUGCAUUAGAUUUUUAAGUUUGAUAUCUCUUGAUAUGUAUAUGUAUGUAUGUAUAAUUUGAAAAAAAUAUAUGUAUGAAACAGAAAAAGUGCGUUUAUGAAUAGGUGGCAUAUGAUUAGGAUAAAAAAAUUUUUCGUCAUUCGUAAUAAUUAUUUAAAAUGAUUAAUAUUCAUAGACCCUCUCAAUUAUCAUUAAAAAGACGUUCAUAUAACAGGUUACAUGAUGUGCCCUUUGUACAUAUACAGUAUGUAGUUACAUACUUAUAUUUAUGAUUACCGAAGUUGAACGACAAGUUAUUAAAGAAUAUUAAAAAAUAUUUCAGUAAAGGUGUAUUAAAAUCAUCUUUUGUAAAACAUCGUUUUAUUACUAAAUCCUCUCCGUUACCAUGGAAUCGAAAAAUGAUCGAUCCAACAAGAAAUACCUUCAUCGUGCAACUUGUGCAUCUGAAUGUGUCGUGACAGAAUUCAAAUUUUUGGUAUAACAAUAAUUUGGUUAAAUUUAAUAGAUUAAAAUGUUACGGGUAAAAAGAAAAAAGCGGAAAGGUAAAGGAAAAAAAGUCAAAAAGAAAUGCGUAGACGAAAGAGAGACCUUGACUUACGAACAAGAGAUUUUGGAUAACAACAGACAGUUGGCACGGUUACGGAGUCGAAACCAGGAAUUAGAGGAAGCAGCAGAGCAAGUAAAAGAAAAAUUUCGACAACUUGAAGAGGAUCGAUCGGAUGUGAUUGCACAUCUGAAGAGAAACUUAGAAGAGAAAAUAGAAGAGUCUAAGGAACUCGCUGAACGACUUUCAGCUGUAGAGGAAUUACGAAAGGACGAAUUAGCUACUUAUAAGAAGAAAGAAGAAGCGAUGCAACUUGAAUAUCGCACGAUGGAGAACAAUUUAAGUGCCGAAGUUAAACUGGCUGCUGGUAAACUUAACGCGCUAGAGGACUGGAGAUUGGCGCGAAUCGACUUAAUGCAGAAGUUUGAAAUGCAAGAGAAAGAAAUCAUCGAACAAGAAAAGCGUCAUCGGGAAGAGCUUUACGAAGCUGAAAAGUCUGUCAUCAUCGGGAAAGCAAUGAUGAAGAAGGAAAUGGAAGAACGUCUCGACACUUUAGCAAUGUCGCUUCGUAAAGCGACGAAUAUGCGAGUGGCGGAAGCCACGCACCGCGCGAUUCGAGAAAAUAUGACCUUGAACCAAGAACUCGACAUGCUGGAGGGGACUUGCAGGGAACUGGGAAUGACGAGCAAGGAGAGCAAGGAGGCAGAACGUAUUUGGAGGCUGCAAUGCGAAUUGUUCGAAACGGAAUCGAACAUGACUUUGGAAAUGGCGAUGAAACAGAGAAAUACUAUUCACAAAUUGACAGACGAUUUUCAAUCGAUGCUGUGGUAUUACGGACAAGCAGAGAGGGAUAAUGCUCGAAUUGCCGAAUACGAAAAGAUCGUCGAGAACUAUAAGGAACAAGUUAAACGGAUGGAAGAAAAAAUGGAACAUUUAAAGAAGUGCAUUCUGAAGACGAGGGCCGACCGAGAAAAAUUGUCGCUAAAUGUUCGCGAAAGGGAGAAAGAACUAGACGCGCUUAAAAGUCUUUUAAAUCGUGCAAGGAGUUGCAUUAAGGAGGCCUUGGAGCUCGAAGGAGAUAUUACGCGUGAAAAUUACUGCGCCUCGCAUUUGAAACAACAGUUGCUUCAAUGUCUUUGGGAAAUAUUGGAAAGUGAUAAUAUUACAAGUAUCAUAGGACAGACUGCAUCACAGAUCGAAGAUAUUAACUGCCGUUAUACGCAAGGGAACCUGGGUCUCAUGGAACCCACAAAAACUUGUAAAUGCGAGUGGAAAGAAGAAACAGAGGAGAAUAUUCAAGAAUAUAGUACAGAAGCAGAAUCAUUCGAAAAUUUUGAAGAAAAACGGCCAUCUUGCCUAGAUAGUGACAUUAGUUCUAACAUUCAGUCUCCAAAAGAAUCAUUAACUGAUUCUCAGUUAUAAAUUAUUAUAACUCGGUUAUGUUAUGAUUAUGCAAAUUUUAUUGAAAAUAUAUUAAUGUUUUAAUUUUAUAGUCUUUAUCGUAGCGAAGUGAUGAAGUCUGUAUCCGGUCCGUAUCCAAUUGGCACCGAUCUGUCAUGAAGUCGUAUAACACGCUCACGGCCAAUAAAAAUUCAUACGAAAGAUGGUAAAAAUACAAUUGAACAUGUUAUCUUUUUGUUUGAAUAAAUUACAAGCUUUACUUCUC